AUGAUUUUUCGCCUGGAAGUGACGUCAUCCAUCCGAUUUAAGGUGUCAACAUGGAAUAGUAAGCACCAUAAGAUGCAUGCCAAUUGUCCGGUUGGUGUAGGCCCGGAUGGCUUGAUCUUGGCAAGUUAUAAAGAUAAGCGAUGCCCAAUCCUGUCACUUCUCAAUGGUGGUGGUGAUUCCAUCUCCGCAAACAUAACCAAAGGGGAAUACCCGGAUAGAGUUUAUGGUAUUUUCCUCUGCAGAGGCGACGUUAAGCACGAAGCCUGCCAGAAAUUUAUUGGCACAGCAGGCGACCGGAUUGUAAAGAAUGCCCCAUCAGAAAAGAGGCAAUCAUAUGUUCAAGCAGCCACCAAUACUUCUAACCGCAAUUAUGCAAGAGAUGAAGCAAAAAUCAUCAGUAUGGAAAGCGGGGACACGAGAGUAGAAGCACAACCGCCUUCACCUGAUCACAGCACCAACAAUGGCACAAAAAAGGAGCAAGAACAUAGCCAAGAGGUUCAAUUAGUUCACUUGGCGGGAGAAAACCUUUCAAAUGACUUCUCAAAUGAGGAUUUGAUUGGAGAAAAGGGAGAGAAAUCCCAAGAAUUUCCUUUCAUAAGGGGACUCUAG